AUGGAAAUGGCAGAACAAAUCAUAACAAAUUUCUAUGAGCGCUGCCCUAGUGGAAAGAUCGCUGGAAAAAAGCAUCCAGGCAAAGCAAUUUUAGCAGGCCGCAUUGCUGGUGGUUUGGAAAUUCUUUGCACAUUUCCCACAGAAUAUGUAAAAACUCAACUGCAGUUGGAUGAAAGAGCCGAGGUUCCUAAAUAUACAGGUCCAUUAGAUUGUGCUAAGAAAACUGUGCAAUCUCAUGGCUUCUUUGGUCUUUAUCGUGGUCUGAGUUCACUGUUAUAUGGAUCAAUACCAAAAGCUUCUGUUAGAUUUUCUGUCUUUGAAGCAUUGAAAAACAGGCUUUGCGAUGAAAAUGGAAGUCUUUCACAACGGAAUAUUUUGCUUUCUGGUCUUGGAGCUGGUGUUUCUGAAGCUGUUCUUGUUGUUUGUCCUAUGGAAACUGUUAAAGUAAAAUUUAUUCACGAUCAAACUCAGCCCAACCCCAAAUAUAGAGGAUUUCUUCAUGGCGUAUCAACUAUUAUUAAAACAGAUGGUAUUACUGGAGUCUACCAAGGUCUUGUACCAACUAUUUUAAAGCAAGGAACCAAUCAAAUGAUCAGGUUCUUUGUGUACUCCAAUUUGAAGACUUGGUUGCAAGAAGGCGAUAAUUCUAAAGAUAUCGGAGCGAUAAGAACUUUUCUUAUUGGUGGAGUUGCUGGAGCAGCAAGUGUCUUUGGAAACACUCCAAUAGAUGUCGUCAAAACUAGAAUGCAGGGUUUGGAAGCUCACAAAUACAAAAGCUCUUGGGAUUGUGUUGUACAAAUUAUGAAACACGAAGGACCGAAAGCGUUUUACAAGGGCACUGUGCCUCGUCUUGGUCGUGUUUGUUUCGAUGUCGCUUUUGUAUUUACGAUUUACGAACAAGUUAUGAAAGUUCUCAAUUACAUUUGGGUGACGGAUUGAUUAAUUUCUCGUGAAAGGUUAUCAAAAUUUCAAAAUCAAUAUCUGGAAUUAUUUGAAGGUAUUUGGUAAAUGGGACUUAGUGUAUACACAUAGGGAUCGUUGGACCGAUUGAUUUAUGUAAUAUAUUAAAGUGGUGACUAACCUGCCGGCCGGGACUUAUGUUUUAGAAUUCUAGCAUCACUUCAUAUAUAUUAAAGUUUGAGCGGCAUUUUUUGGUUUCAAGUUUGUUGGAACUGAAAAUGUUUAGUAUUUUAUAAUUUAGAUGAAUUUACGAAAAUUGUGACAGCAUUUGGUGCGCACUUUUAUUAAAUCUACUCAAGAAUUA